AUGGCUUCUUUCUCGAGUCCCGAUAAUAUGAGCAGGAAAAGGAUCAAUACUGUAAAGGAAAUCUUAUGGUCAUCCCACUAUUUUAUGAUAGGCCUGAAAUGUUGCAUCGUCACUGAGGAUACAGAGCUAGGCAAGAAAUUAUCUGCACUUCUUUAUGCUGUCUCGGAAGCCAUUGAAAAGCAUUAUCUACAUGAUUUCUUUAUUUUAAUUUCAACUGAUGAAGCAGAUAACAUGGAUGAAGUGGUUGAAGCAUACACUCUUACUUUUACUUAUACUGAUGGCGGUAGAUUGCUUUUUCGUAGUUAUUACAGUAAUUGUAGUCCAUCGCACGAAAUUGCGCUUUCAUGUGAAAAUGUCACUGAAUUGCGAAAGGAAGUCAUCGCCCUACUACACCGCUUAGAUGUUCUUAUGAAUAUACUAUCGCCAGUUCCGCAGAGCGCUUUUCCGUAUUUCAAGCUUACCUAUUAUACAAGCACUCCACAUAGUUAUGAACCAGCCGGUUUUAAGCCGUCAUCAACUACAUAUCGCUUCAAAAAUAUGACUUUCAUUUCAAAAAUAUCAGCUGGCACUUUCAGUACAAAAUUUCAGAGUUGCUCUGUGUGUCUGGAGUCCGUUUUCUUUGGGAGUGCAAAUGAACAGUAUGAACAGAAUUCUUCAAGGAUUGAUAAGGAUGAACCACAAAUGCUGAAAGGAAUAAUCGGCGAAACUCCGAAGGGUAGACCGAAGAAAGACAGGCUGAUUCAAAUCGUAGAAGAUGAAGAUAAUGGACCAGAGUUAAUGAAUGUGCGUGUUUCUUCACAGUACAGACAAAUGGAAGCUAAAGAUUACGUUUCACAACAAAGCAGUAUUGAAAUUAUUGAAUCGAUGCGAGCCUCGUUGUUGGAAGAUAAUUCUCCAAACGAACCUUCUGAAACAGAGAAAAUCAUUUUAAGCAGUGUAGAAGCAGUCGCCAGCACAGCAGAUUUGCAGAAGAGUGGUUUUAUUCCUCAACAUUCGGGAGACAGCGAAGACGUCCCAGAAAGUUCGGGACAGUUCGCAACGUUCGGUUCCCCGAGUGAUCCUUACAUAAAUUCACCGCGUAUGGAUUCUACUUUUUCUUUACCGACGGUCGCGGAACUUGUUAGUCGUGAACCCGUUCUUAAGAAAGGCUCAACCACCGGAAGCUCGUCGUCUGGAAACAACGUCACUGCCAAACCAGAUGUAGCAGGAGAAUUGUUCACUGAACGCAGUUCGAGUGCUGAGAGAACGCCGAGUGCCGAACCAAAGGCAAAGAAAAUGAAAAUUAGUCGUUCAAAACUUGAUUAUCAUAUGGUAAUUUAUUUCAAAUUCAUAAUUUAA